AUGCCGUACGUACCACCUCAUUUACGCAACUCGGCGGGUGGAUCGGGGGGAGGUUCCGCUCCCCCUUCAUCCUCCCUAGGAAGCCGAUCCGAUCCCCCAGGCCGCUACGGUGAUCGGAACGACUAUGGCAGCUUCGGUUCUAGAAGCUACGGCUCUCGAGAUAGAGACGAACGGAGGGAUAGGGAUGACAGAGGCAGCAGGGACGGUGGCAUCAGGGACGGUGGCAGCAGCAGCUUCAGCAGCAGCCGUCGGCCGGUAGAGACCCGGGGAAGCGGCCCUCCAGAGCCAGUCUGCCCGGCAUGGAAGCCGUCGGACCGCGUGAUCCGCUUGCAAGAAGAUCAGAUCGCCGAGGUCCGCGCGCGGCUGAACGUGACGGUGGAAGUGACGCCUGGCACGGGGGUUGCGCCGGCUCCGGUCGAGUCGUUUGACGACAUGGGCCUGCACCCGAACAUAUCCAAGGACAUCGUCUAUCACAGCUACACCAACCCCACGCCCAUCCAGGCGCAGGCCAUGCCCAUCGCACUCUCCAACCGCGACCUUCUUGGCUGCGCUGAGACCGGAAGCGGCAAAACCGCCGCCUUCGCCAUCCCCAUGAUCCAACACUGCCUGCAUCAAGCGCCUCUGCGGCCGGGCGAUGGGCCUCUGGCGCUUGUGCUGGCGCCCACUCGCGAGCUGGCGCAGCAGAUUGAGAAGGAGGUGAAAGCGUUCAGCCUGUCAUCGGAAGGGUUCAAGACGGCGAUUAUAGUGGGCGGCACGCACAUGAGUGAGCAGCGGUCGGUGCUACGAGGGGGCGUGCAGGUGGUGGUGGCCACGCCGGGGCGAUUCAUUGACCACUUGCAGCAGGGCAACACGUCGCUCGCCCGCGUGUCGUUUGUUGUGCUGGACGAGGCUGACAGGAUGCUGGACAUGGGAUUUGAACCGCAGAUGAAGGAGAUCAUGGCGAACCUACCGAAGCAGCACCAGACGCUGCUGUUCUCAGCCACGAUGCCGGAGGAGAUAGAGGCGCUGGCGCAGGAGUACCUCAAGACGCCCGUGCGCGUCAAGGUGGGACGCGUGAGCAGCCCCACGCAGAACGUCACGCAGUCGCUGGAGAAGGUUCCUGAGAAGGACAAGGUGGAUCGGCUGCUGCAGCUGCUGGUGGAGGAGAUGGCAGCUGCGGAGAGCGGGCAGCAGCCGCUGCCACUCACCAUUGUCUUUGUGGAGCGCAAGGUGAAGUGUGACGAGGUGUGCGAGGCGCUCACAGCGCAGGGCCUCAAGGCAGCAGCGCUGCAUGGAGGGCGCAGCCAGGGGGAGAGAGAGGCAGCGCUGCUGGACUUCCGCAAGAACACCAUCAACAUCCUCGUGGCAACAGACGUGGCAUCAAGAGGGCUUGACGUGUCAGGAGUGGCUCUCGUCGUCAACAUGGACCUCCCCAAGGCUCUAGAGGACUAUGUGCACCGCAUUGGGCGAACAGGGCGAGCCGGGGCGUCUGGGCGAGCUGUGUCUUUCUAUACUGACAGAGAUGCGUUCUUGGUGGCUCAGAUCAAGAAGGCUCUAUCAGAGGCAGAGGCAGGCAACACCAUGGCAUUCGCGACUGGCAAGGCUGCACGGAGGAAGGAAAAGGAGGAGGCAGCAGCGUUCCGGGAGAAUCGGGCAGCAACAGCUGCAAAUGUGACGAUGAUAGGUGCGACAGCAGUAAAGAUAGUGGAUCAGAAGUACAAGCACAUGAUUGUGGCUCAAGCAGGACCGGAUAAGGUGGAGGGGGUGGCAGAUGAUGCGUGGGAUGACUAG